AUGAAUAACAAAUCUCCAUUGUCAAGGAAAACUGAUAAACAAAAGCCAUUAGUGCCUCCGAUAACAAUAAUCAACCAAAACUCUAUACUAUCGAAAGACGGGUCACCUUCAACUACUCCCACUCCCAGUGAUGAUGAUAAUAUUUUCGUCUGGUCAACAAAGACAACCAAGAGGAAAAAAAAAUAAUCUAAAUUCUCCAACGGGUACCUCUNACAUUUCAUGGUUUUUGCCAUUAAAUGUCAAUUAAAAAACUGAAAAUGUGCCCUCGAGUGGCAGCGAGUUCCGCUUCUUUUGGAUUCAUUACGAAAUCGCCAAACGUGAAAAACAAAUUUUAGAAAAAUAUCCUCAAAUCAAAACGAAGAAGUUUAUAGAGAUUUUAUACGAAUAGAUGUGCUCAGUAUAAGUUAUAAAAGCUAGGUUUACAAAUCGUUUUGCUCUUCAACGCUCGGUUUCUGAGUAGUAUUAUCAGUCUCGAUACUUUUUGAUUAGCCCUCGUAUACAACCGACUCUUAUCGCAAAACUCUAAAAUUCUUGAAAGAGAAAAAAGUCAACUUUCACACAAAUCAACUCAAAGGUGAUAAAUCAUAUAGAGUAGUAAUAAGGCACCUCCAUCAUUCUACGCCUGUCGACACUAUAAAGGAGGAAUUAAAUUCCAAAGGUUUCACUGUCAGGAAUAUUAUUAACGUUCUGCAUUAUCAAACUAAAAAACCCCUCCCAAUCUUUUUCGUGGACUUGGAGCCUUCACCAUCAAACAAAGAUAUUUUUACAAUAGACACACUCGUUUAUACAAAAAUAAAAAUUGAAGAGCCACGUUCCAGACGCAACUUAAUUCAAUGCACGCGCUGCCAGUCCUACGGCCAUACCCAAGCAUACUGUAAUCACCAACCUAGAUGUGUGAAAUGUGGCGACAACCACCUAUCAAGCGAAUGCAAGAAAGUUAAGGACUCUCCUGCAACCUGUGCUUUAUGUACACAACCACACCCAGCCAACUAUAGAGGGUGUCAAGUACAUAAGAUCCUACAAAAAUAUAACCGCAACUCCGCACCAAAAUCCACCUUACGGGACCAAAACUCCAAACCAAACUUCUUCUCAACACUAAGCUCUUCAAAAGACUCACCACAGCAGGUCGUCUCAAGCCAGAUCAACAGCAGUGGAAAACCAUCAUACGCCCAUACAACUUCCAAAAGAAACACCACCUUAAUCUUAGACAACCAUGAUUCAACA